UGUGAGAUCUUAUAUGAGAGGAUGAAAUCCCUGGGGCCCGACGUCCCAGAGUUAAUUAUCCUUCCAGUGUACUCUGCCCUGCCCAGUGAGAUGCAGACCCGAAUCUUUGAUCCCGCUCCACCUGGCAGCAGAAAGGUUGUCAUUGCAACCAACAUUGCGGAGACAUCGCUGACUAUUGAUGGCAUCUACUAUGUGGUAGACCCUGGAUUCGUGAAGCAGAAAGUGUACAAUUCCAAGACGGGGAUAGACCAGCUUGUGGUAACGCCCAUUUCUCAGGCUCAGGCAAAGCAGAGAGCUGGAAGAGCUGGGAGAACGGGCCCAGGGAAGUGCUACAGGCUGUACACAGAACGGGCCUACCGAGAUGAAAUGCUGACCACCAACGUGCCCGAGAUCCAGAGAACCAACUUAGCAAGCACGGUACUCUCUCUCAAGGCCAUGGGCAUCAAUGACCUGCUGUCCUUUGACUUCAUGGAUGCCCCCCCAAUGGAAACCUUGGUCACUGCCAUGGAACAGUUGUACACGCUGGGAGCUCUGGAUGACGAGGGCCUGCUCACUCGCCUGGGCCGCAGGAUGGCAGAGUUCCCUCUGGAGCCCAUGCUCUGUAAAAUGCUCAUCAUGUCGGUGCAUCUGGGAUGCAGUGAGGAAAUGCUGACCAUCGUGUCUAUGCUGUCUGUGCAGAAUGUCUUCUACAGGCCCAAGGAUAAACAAGCCCUUGCAGAUCAGAAGAAGGCUAAAUUCCACCAGACCGAGGGGGACCACCUCACGCUGUUAGCCGUGUACAACUCCUGGAAGAACAACAAGUUCUCCAACCCAUGGUGCUAUGAGAACUUCAUCCAGGCUCGUUCCCUGCGCCGGGCCCAGGACAUCCGCAAGCAGAUGUUGGGUAUCAUGGACAGACACAAGCUGGAUGUGGUCUCCUGUGGCAAGUCCACAGUCCGCGUGCAGAAGGCCAUCUGCAGUGGGUUCUUCAGGAAUGCUGCCAAGAAAGACCCACAGGAGGGUUACCGGACGCUGAUUGACCAGCAGGUGGUCUACAUCCACCCUUCCAGCGCGCUCUUCAACAGACAGCCUGAAUGGGUGGUGUACCACGAGCUGGUGCUGACCACGAAGGAGUACAUGCGUGAGGUCACCACCAUCGAUCCCCGGUGGCUUGUGGAGUUUGCCCCUGCCUUCUUCAAGGUUUCUGACCCGACCAAGCUAAGCAAGCAGAAGAAACAGCAGCGUCUGGAGCCCCUGUACAACCGCUAUGAGGAGCCCAACGCCUGGAGAAUAUCCCGCGCCUUCCGGCGACGCUGA